GUCAAAAAUAUUUCAUGAAAUGGACGCGUUUGCUAUGUCGAUUUGUAGAAUUUAUUGAAAUAAUCAAUUUCAAGUAUUUCGACGCUUUAAAUUUGUUAUUUCUAUGAUUUCAGUAUAAUGGAUAAAAUACCUAGGACACAUGAAGCUAUCGAAGCUCAAAUUAGAGAAAUACAAUCUAAAAAGAAUGAGUUACCAGAAAAUGGCUCCAGUAAGGGUGUGCCACGAGAAACCUAUUAUGACAGUGAUAUAUAUGACAAUGCUGGACAAGGGGGCAAGUCGAGGUACGAUGGCUAUGUGACUUCAAUUGCUGCUAAUGAUGAAGUAGAAGAUGAAGAUGUAGAGAAUGUACCUGUAUCACAGAAAAGGGGAGGUUAUACUGCACCAGCUUCUUUGCUCAAUGAUAUUGCCCAGAGUGAUAAAGAUUAUGAUCCAUUUGCUGAUAAAAGAAGACCAACCAUUGCAGACAGAGAAGAUGAAUACCGCCAGAAACGGCGUAGGAUGAUUAUAUCACCUGAACGUAUGGACCCAUUUGCUGAAGGGGGCAAAACACCGGAUGUUGGGUCUAGAACCUACACAGAAAUUAUGAAAGAACAGUAUUUGCGAGCUGAGGAAACAGAACUGAGGAAAAAGCUUUUGGAACGGGCGCGAGAAGGAACCCUGAAACCAGUGGCACAAUCAAAUGGUGAAGCCAAUAAGGUGGCUCCGGCAAAACGUAAAGGAAGAUGGGAUCAAAGCUCAGAAGAUACUCCUUCUGCUAAGAAACCUGUUUCGGCCACACCCAGCUCCCAAGCUACUCCAUCUUGGGAUACAGAGAGAGGCGCAUGGGAAGAGACGCCGGGUGCGGGCGGGCGCGGCGGCGAGACGCCCGGCGCGACGCCGUCGGCGCGCGUGUGGGACGCCACGCCGGGCCACGCCACGCCGGGCCACGCCACGCCGGGCCGCGACACGCCCGCGCAGCACGCCUCCAGGCGCAACCGCUGGGACGAGACGCCCAAGACUGACCGCGAAACCCCCGGCCACAACAGCGGCUGGGCGGAGACUCCUCGCACCGACCGCGGCGUCGGCGUCGACACGAUACAAGAGACGCCGACGCCGGGCACCAAGCGGCGGUCGCGCUGGGACGAGACCCCCGGCGCCACGCCCGCCGCCGCCACGCCCACGCCAUCGCACGCCACUCCGUCGCACGCGACGCCAUCGCACGCCACGCCAUCGCACGCAACGCCAACGCCGCACACGCCCGUCUUCACACCGGGAGGAUCAACUCCUGUGGGAGUGAAAGCUAUGGCAAUGGCCACACCCACGCCCGGUCACGUGGCCGCCAUGACUCCCGAGCAGCUUCAAGCGUACCGCUGGGAGAAAGAAAUAGACGAGCGAAACCGUCCCUACACCGACGAAGAAUUGGAUGCCAUGUUCCCAGCUGGGUACAAGGUUUUGCCCCCACCGGCCGGUUACGUGCCGAUCCGCACGCCGGCGCGCAAGCUGACGGCGACGCCGACCCCGCUGGGCGGUACCCCAAUCGGCUUUUUCAUGCAGACGGAGGAGGCGGGCGGCUCGGCGGCGGCGGCGGCCAGGCUGCUCGACCCCCAGCCCAAGGGCGCGCAGCAGCUGCCGUUCAUGAAGCCGGAGGACGCGCAGUACUUCGACAAGCUGCUCAUAGAUGUGGACGAGGACGCGCUUUCGCCUGAGGAACUUAAGGAGAGGAAGAUUAUGAAGCUGCUGCUCAAGAUUAAGAAUGGAACCCCGCCAAUGUGCAAAGCUGCCUUACGCCAGAUCACUGACAAAGCGCGCGAGUUCGGAGCGGGUCCGCUGUUCAACCAGAUAUUGCCGCUGCUCAUGAGCCCUACACUCGAGGACCAAGAACGACAUUUGCUGGUUAAAGUCAUCGACAGGAUCUUGUAUAAACUUGACGACUUGGUCCGACCUUAUGUGCACAAAAUUUUGGUGGUGAUCGAACCGCUUCUAAUCGACGAAGACUACUACGCUCGCGUCGAAGGCAGGGAGAUAAUCUCGAACUUGGCGAAGGCGGCCGGGCUGGCCACUAUGAUCUCAACCAUGCGGCCCGAUAUCGACAAUAUCGACGAGUACGUGCGCAACACCACCGCUAGAGCGUUCGCUGUUGUGGCUUCGGCUUUAGGUAUUCCAUCGCUUCUGCCUUUCUUGAAGGCUGUUUGUCGCUCAAAGAAGUCUUGGCAAGCGCGACACACCGGUAUCAAAAUCGUGCAACAGAUUGCCAUUUUGAUGGGAUGUGCUAUAUUGCCUCAUCUCAAAUCACUUGUGGAAAUUAUUGAGCACGGACUGGUCGACGAGCAGCAAAAAGUGCGCACCAUCACGGCUUUAGCGAGCGCAGCCCUGGCCGAGGCCGCCACUCCGUACGGCAUCGAAUCAUUCGACUCCGUGCUCAAGCCCCUCUGGAAAGGUAUCCGCACCCACCGAGGAAAAGGUCUGGCUGCGUUCCUCAAGGCCAUUGGUUACCUCAUACCGCUCAUGGACGCCGAAUACGCCAAUUAUUAUACUCGGGAAGUGAUGCUUAUCCUCAUCCGUGAGUUUCAGUCGCCCGAUGAGGAAAUGAAGAAGAUUGUGUUGAAGGUAGUAAAACAGUGCUGUGGCACGGACGGUGUGGAGCCGCAGUACAUAAUGGACGAGAUCUUGCCGCACUUCUUCAAACAUUUCUGGAAUCAUCGCAUGGCCCUGGACAGGCGGAACUACCGCCAACUCGUUGACACCACUGUGGAAAUCGCUAACAAAGUCGGUGCAUCAGAAAUAAUAAACAGAAUUGUUGACGAUUUGAAAGACGACAAUGAACAGUACAGAAAGAUGGUGAUGGAAUCCAUAGAGAAAAUUCUUGCCAAUUUGGGCGCGGCCGAUAUCGACUCAAAACUCGAGGAAGCCUUAAUCGACGGCAUUUUAUAUGCCUUCCAAGAACAAACCACAGAGGACGUGGUAAUGCUAAACGGUUUCGGCACGAUAGUGAACCAGCUGGGCAAGCGCGUGAAGCCUUACCUGCCGCAGAUCUGCGGUAUAAUUCUGUGGCGCAUGAACAACAAGUCCGCCAAAGUGAGGCAGCAGGCCGCCGACCUUAUAUCGAGAAUCGCUGUCGUCAUGAAGACGUGUCAGGAGGAAAAAUUAAUGGGACAUCUUGGUGUCGUCCUUUACGAAUACUUGGGUGAAGAGUACCCUGAAGUGUUGGGAUCUAUAUUGGGAGCUCUCAAAGCAAUCGUCAACGUCAUUGGUAUGACUAAAAUGACACCGCCCAUCAAAGAUCUUCUCCCGAGACUUACACCAAUUUUGAAGAACAGACACGAAAAAGUACAAGAGAAUUGCAUAGAUUUGGUUGGUCGUAUCGCCGAUCGUGGGCCCGAGUUUGUGUCUGCUAGGGAAUGGAUGAGAAUAUGCUUCGAGUUGUUGGAACUCCUGAAGGCUCACAAAAAAGCAAUUAGAAGAGCGACAGUCAAUACAUUCGGUUACAUUGCAAAAGCUAUCGGUCCACAUGACGUAUUAGCAACCCUGCUAAAUAACUUGAAAGUACAGGAACGACAGAACAGAGUAUGUACUACUGUCGCGAUUGCCAUUGUGGCGGAGACAUGUUCGCCAUUCACAGUAUUGCCCGCUUUGAUGAACGAGUAUAGAGUCCCCGAGUUGAACGUGCAAAAUGGAGUUCUGAAGUCAUUGUCUUUCUUGUUCGAGUAUAUUGGAGAAAUGGGCAAAGACUAUAUUUAUGCUGUUUGCCCAUUAUUAGAAGACGCUCUUAUGGACAGAGAUUUGGUGCAUCGUCAAACUGCGUGUGCAGCGAUAAAACACAUGGCACUCGGCGUUUAUGGAUUUGGGUGCGAGGACGCCCUCAUCCAUUUGCUGAAUCACGUUUGGCCGAACAUUUUUGAGACCUCACCUCAUCUUGUUCAGGCGUUCAUGGACGCUGUGGAAGGAAUGCGAGUUGCACUCGGACCUAUCAAAAUACUUCAAUAUGCAUUACAGGGACUCUUUCAUCCAGCGAGAAAGGUUCGCGACGUUUAUUGGAAAAUCUACAACACACUGUACAUCGGAGGACAGGACGCUUUGGUCGCCGGAUAUCCAAGAAUACAAAACGAUCCCAAUAAUCAUUUCCAGAGAUACGAGUUAGACUACAUAUUGUAACACUAGAAUUACUUCACGUUAAGCUUAAAGUAGUUAUUAGUUUGAUUUGUCUUAAAAGUAAAAAUGAAUAAUUAUAGACUUAUUUGAAUUAUAAGACUCUGGAGUGGCAUUUUGUAAGAAUCUAAUGACUAUAAAUUAACAUGCAAUAUUUUCUUUGCUAAUAGUCGGUAAUAACAGCAGAUCAAUAUAACGUGAGGUGUGUUCGUGCCUCUAGAUGAAGUAAUUUUCGUUGAAUUUAUAAUUAAUUUUCCAGGCGAUAAAUAGAAUUUGUUUCUAUAGUUCGUGUUUUUUCGCACUUGGUAAUGUGAUUCUUUACAUACCCUCGUUAAAUUUUCUGUCGGCUGAAAAAAGCACAUUUACAACCAUGGAACAUACCAUCCAUUAUAGUAUACAUAUUUACGAUUCCACUGCAUAGUUUUUAAUCUCCUUUGAGUUUCGUUGAAAUAAAAAUAUUUUGAUAAAUUUUGUUCCCAUUUUUCCCAAGAAGUGAAUCUUAUCAUGUAUUUGAUUUCUUUUUACAUGCAUUCAUUUCCUAUAAAUUUUUCAUUUGGCUCAUUAAAAAAAUGGAAAUAAUCCACAGUGGUUAUUCAAGACAAUUUUGUGAAAUUAAACUACGACUAUAAAGAUAUUGCAAGUUAAUGAGGGAUAUAGUCGAAUCUUUUAUUUUGUUCUGUGUCGACUACACGAAAAAAUGUAAAACACUUGAGAGAUUCUUAAUAAAGAAAGACCUGAAGGUGUAAUAA